AUGCCAGCAGUGAUCAAGAAGACUAUUUCAAAUGUCUGUGCCCGCAAAAUUCCAAGAAAGUAUUUUUGUACCCAGGGUGUGAAAGUUGCUGGUUCCACUAUUGGAGAGGAGUCCAAUGAGAAUGCGAAGAAGCAGACUAUUAGCAAAAUUAUUCCACAGUAUGAUAUUGCUAUUGUUGGAGGAGGCAUGGUUGGCAUGGCUCUAGCUUGUUUCUUGGCAAGUAUGCCAAUGACAAAGCAGUUGAGCGUUGCAAUUAUUGAUAGUAAUCCGGCUUUGGGUAGUGGCUUGCACAUCAAGAAGGAAGACCCGCCUGAUCCAAGAGUCAGUACAGUGACUCCUGCUUCUAUAUCUUUUCUCCAAGGUAUUAUGUCUUUAAGGUUUGUUAGACAGUAA